ACCGACAUUCAGCUGGUAAAUUUACAAUAGCUCUCAAAAAAUUAAAAACACCCCUAUAUUUGAAGUGGGUGACUCCAAUCCUCCUCUUUUCCGCCAUCUUUGCGGCAAGAUGGGUAUAGAUAUUGACCAUCGCAAGGACCGUAGGGUCCGUCGAAAGGAGCCGAAGAGUGAGGACAUCUACCUCAGGCUCCUUGUGAAGCUCUACCGCUUCCUUGCCAGGCGCACCAAUGCCAAGUUCAACCAGGUGGUGCUGAAACGCCUGUUCAUGUCCCGCACCAACCGCCCUCCCAUGUCUAUAGCACGACUGAUCCGUCUGAUGAAGAAGCCAGGGCGUGAGGGUAAGACUGCCGUUGUUGUUGGCACCAUCACCGAUGACGUCAGGAUCUUUGAAAUCCCUAAGCUCAAGAUUUGCUGCCUCCAUGUGACAGAGGGUGCCCGGGCCAAGAUCCUGAAGGCUGGUGGGGAGAUCAUCACUUUUGAUCAGCUCGCUCUGAGGGCUCCCAAGGGGAAGAACACCGUUCUGCUUCAAGGGCAACGCAGGGCUCGUGAGACUUGCAGACACUGGGGUCCAGCUCCUGGUGCACCUCACAGCCAUACCAAACCAUUUGUCCGAUCCAAGGGCCGUAAGUUUGAGAGGGCACGUGGUCGCCGCAAGUCCUGUGGCUACAAGAAGUGAGGAGGGUCUUACCAACAGAACACCCUGGUGGGAAAACACUUCCGACAGAUAUAAGAUGCUCCUGAGGAUCUGACAAUAAAAUAUCUCUGUGGAUAUCCUA